GGCCGUUAAAAGAGCUGACGUCGCGCGCGUCUUCCGGUGCUGGCGGGUGGCAGGAGCGCAACAAGAUGGCGGACGACAUUGGUUUCUUCUCCUCGGACAACGGCACGGCGGGCAGCGCGGAGGAGGACCCGGCCGCCGCCUUCCUGGCGCAGCAGGAGAGCGAGAUCGCCGGCAUCGAGAACGACGAGGGCUUCAGCAUUCUGGACGGCGGCGAGGUGCCGGCCGCCGUGAUACAGCACUCGGGCGGCGCUGAAGAUGGCUUUGAAGACGAGUUGGCAGCAGUCAAUGGAGAGGUGUACCAGGAGUCAAACGGUCCCAAUGAUAGUUAUGCAGCAAUAGCUCGAGCCGACCGUUUGAGCCAAGAACCUGAUAGCAUCCGGAAGUGGCGUGAGGAGCAGAUAGCCCGUCUAGAAGAGCUUGACACUGCUUCCCGAAAAGCAGAAAUAGAAUGGAAAGAGAAAGCUAAGAAGGAACUAGAAGAGUGGUAUGUACGGCAGAAUGAACAGUUGGAGAAAACCAAGAAGAAUAACAGGAUCGCUGAUCAAGCUUUCUACAAACAAUCCUGCGCUGAUGUGAUAGGCUACGUGGCCGCUGAAGAAGCCUUUGUGGAGGACCGUGAUGAAGACACUCCUGGCACAGAGUGGGAACGAGUAGCGCGCCUUUGUGACUUCAACCCCAAAACCAGCAAGCAGUCUAAGGAUGUAUCGCGUAUGCGCUCUGUACUGAUAUCACUUAAGCAAUCGCCGCUCGUCCGCUAGACAACUUUGUAACACUAUUGAGGAGUGUGGGCUUUGUCUUAAUGGCUCUUAUUUGCAUCCCACAAAGUCUGAUGGCCAUUAGAAUAGAAAGAUGAGUGUUAGUCAUUCCUGUUUGGACCAAACUGGUGUAAAUUAAAAUCUGAUGAGUGUUCAGUGAUUAUAUUUUUCAAUUGUUCACAUGUGGUUUGUUGGCAAUUCCUUGGGUUAUGGGCAGGUCAGUCAAAAUGGUCACCCUUGUACACUCCUGAAUCUUGUUAAUGUUAACUUUCUGAAUUAUUGAUAAUCCCCACCUCUCCUUUGAGCUAUAUCACAUGACUAUGUAUUUAUGCAUGAAUUAUGAGUGCAAUCUGUUAGCCCUUGUUUUCAAAAUCAUGACUACACUGGUACACUGCAUUAAAAGUUCAAUCUAAUACUCGUGUGUUCAUUCAGAAAAAAAACUGGAUUGUAUUACACUUGCCCUAUCUGGGAUUUAUUCUCCUUGGGGAUUCAUAGCUUUCACUUGGGAAGAUAUUAAAAUUGUGCUUGUGAAUUCUGUACAUCGAUAGCAACGCAACUCUUUAUGACAGAUGAAGGGAAAUACUUUGAAAGUCUUGCAAUGAUGUACAUAAACUAGUGUUUGUAAUGGUGGAAGAUCUAAUCGUAGGGAGCUUGACCUACCUGUGAAUUAAUUUACAAUUUUUUUUGCAUCCAUUCUUUUAGCUGUCUGAAAAUAUACCAUGACUAAUAAUUGCUUUACCAGUCACAGGACAUCAGAACAUGAUCCAUGAGCUCAAUUUGGAUGACACUAAAGUUCAAGAGUGAAGUUUUUUUUAAAAAAAAAGAAAAUCUGAUUGCUUUUUCAAAUACCUUCCCUUGACACAAAAAAAAUCUAAUUUGAUCUUGAACACACUCUCUCUUGUCCCUGUUUCAGGUGUAUGGGUGAAGUUAAACCCAAGCUUCAAAACCAAUUGAAAUGCAAAAUCUGGGUGCAGUGAGGAAAUGAUGUGUUAACUGUUUCUACAUCCAUUAAGAUCUGUUAAAGUUGACCAGGGGGAUUAAGAGGACCUCCAUUUAAAAGGUGCUGCAAUUUGUUGGUCAAACAGGAAUCAGGGAUUUAAAAAAACACAAGUUGAACUAGAUAUCCUAUCUGACAUGCAAACAGUACCGUUCCUUGAACUUGGAUGCUGUGUAGCCAUAAUUAUCCUUUCCUCCUGAAUUUCUGCAGCCUGAUUUUAAUCAGGUUUUAAUUUAAUGUGAUUGGCAUUGGUUCUCUAGGCAGGUAAUUCAUCUGUUUACCAUUUAACAUUUGCAGUUAAUAAAAACCAACCUGAAGGAUGUGA